AUGGCAGGAGCUGUGCGCCAACCUAUAGAUAUCCCCUCCUUGGAGCGGUACAUUGACCAGACUGUACCAGAGCUCAAGACUCCACUUGAUGUCAAACAGUUUGGCUUUGGCCAAUCUAAUCCUACCUACCUCCUUACCACCACCGAUGGAAAGCAAGUUGUCUUGCGGAAGAAGCCUCCGGGCAAGCUGCUCUCCAAGACAGCUCAUAAGGUCGAACGAGAGUACAAGAUCAUUCGGGCGUUAGGGGACACCGAUGUCCCAGUACCCAAGGCAUACUGUCUCUGUGAAGACAAUGCAGUUAUCGGAACGCCCUUUUAUAUCAUGGAGUUCCUGGACGGGCGACACUUUACCGACCCGGCCAUGCCUGGAGUGAGCGGAGAGGAGAGGAACGCACUAUGGAAGAAUGCGGUCCAAACCCUAGCGAAAUUCCACAGCGUAAUUCCCAAAACCGUCGGCCUCGAGACCUUUGGCAAACCAAGCGGCUUCUUCGACCGCCAAAUCGCAACCUUUACCACAAUCUCCAACGCACAAGCUGCAGUCCGCGACCCCGACACCAACGAACCAGUCGGCGAACUCCCCCACUUCAAGGACAUGGUAACCUUCUUCUCAAACAAGACAACCCAGCCCGCCGACCGAGGAACGCUCGUGCACGGGGACUACAAAAUCGACAACAUGAUUUUCCAUAAGACAGAACCACGGGUAAUUGGAAUCCUAGACUGGGAAAUGGCCACAGUCGGGCACCCACUGUCAGACUUCUGCAACCUAACUAGUCCGUACAUAAUGGAAGGCGCCGACUCGCAGCUGGAACAAUUCAAACCAGGCGUGCUGUCCGGACUGCCCUCGCGCGCGGACUGUAUUCGCUGGUACGCCGAGGUAUCAGGGUAUGAUACUCGCGGUGAUAUCGCGUGGGGGGAUGCGUUCUUUGCGUUCCGGGGCUCCGUGAUUAUGCAGGGCAUUGCGGCCCGGUUUGCGGGGCGACAGGCGAGUAGUGCUCGGGCAGGAGACUAUGCGAAAAGAGCGAAGCCUUUUGCGUUGGGGGCUUGGGAGAGGGUGAAGCGGGUGAAGGGGGAGGGCGUUAAGGGGAAGUUGUAA